UCACACCUGAUAAUAAUACAUUUUUUAUCAAAGCACCGCUACCCUAUCAACAAAGAACAUGAUUGACAAGUCUACAAACCAAUGAGUUGGCGGCUAACAGAAGUGGCAACCAAUCGCAGUGAAGAGUGGGCGGCUCCAAUGCGUUUCCCUAUUUAACUUUGAAACAUAAUAUUAGCUUACUAUUUUUAAGUCGACGGCUACAGACUAGUUCCCCGUCUGCAACUAAACGUUAAUAUCAGCAGGUUUGUCGAGAAUUGCAGGGUCUCUGGAAAAUGUAUUUAUUUUACACGUCGAUUCUGUGCGUCCUCUGCGCAUGUCACAUGACCAAAGCCACCUGUGACGAGCCUUUGACAGCAGAAGAUGCUGAAUUCUGCAAGGGAGGGUUAAAGGUGAUUUAUCCAGAUCUGGUUGUUGACAAAUGCUUAAUCGUCCCUCAGAGGACGAGAGAGAAGAUCAGUAUGGAGUGGGGAUCACCUGAAGUACUCCUGCCACAUGCUGAGGAGGAGAAGAAAUACACUCUAGUAAUGGUAGAUCCAGAUGCCCCCAGUCGUCAGAAUCCCUCUCGUUCUUACUGGAGACACUGGUUACUGGUUGACAUCAAGGGUGAAGCACUUCAGACAGGAGACGUCAGAGGCACUGAACUGUCUGCAUAUGCCCGCCCUACUCCCCCUAAAGGCACUGGACUCCACCGCUACCAGAUUCUUGUGUUUGAGCAGCCUGAAGGCCGGACACCUUUCCUUAAUAGAGAGGAGAAUCGCUCACGGGGUAACUGGGAUCUGCAGGCAUUUAUUCAGAGGUUUGGUCUGUCUGGAGCGAAGGCUUCUCUUCAGUUCCUCACCCAAAACUACAAGGACUAAAACAGAAAAAAAGAAAAAACACCUCCAACCUGCAGCUAAGCCUCACUUCUGACUAUAUUUAUUAUAUAUUUAUUAUUUAUUAUAUAUAUUCAACUGUAUUUCACCUCAGUGUUUAGGAUAUCAAACCCAAAAAAGAUGAUGUUAUUUUAUUAUGUUAAAUAAAAACGAUAUUCAUAUAAUUUCAAGGCUCAUAUUUGUUUUAAUAUGAGCAAUA